AGCGUGCGUGGCUCGAUGACCCCCAUCAAUCUGCCACGAGCCGGAGUGUGACAAUGGCAUUAUCAUACCAAUACACCAUUCAGCCUCGGCCAAUCAGAACGCAGCGCUUUCACUGCGCCGCACGAGCUGCGGGGUAUAAAAAAAGGAGGGCAGCGGGUUUGGAAACACUCUGCUCUUCACACACUCUCGGAUAUCUCUCUCUCUGUGUCUCCGAAAGCUCUGGAAUAAUCUUCCAUCGUCUUCAUCAUGACUCUUGAGGAAGUUCUGAUCCAGAACCCCAGCACUGAGCGCGCUCAGUGCACCGGCAAAGCCCUGGAGGAAGUCCUGGUGUCCGCCAAAGACAACGACUCCCUCACCGUCGGCGUCUACGAGUGCGCCAAAGUUAUGAAUCUUGACCCGGACAGCGUGUCCUUCUGCGUCCUCGCCAUGGACGAGGAGUUCGAGUGCGACAUCGCUCUCCAGAUCCACUUCACCCUCAUCCAGUCCUUCUGCUUCGACAACGACAUCAGCAUCGUCAGAGUGAGCGACAUGCAGCGUCUGGCUGAGAUCGUCGGUGACAAGGCGGAGCAGCUUGAAGACGCCCACUGCAUCCUCAUCACGAACCCAGCUGAUGGGUCUUGGGAGGAUCCGGCUCUGGAGAAGCUGCACCUGUUCUGCGAGGAGAGCCGGCGUCUGAACGACUGGGUUCCCGAGAUCAGCCUCCCCGAGCGUUGAUCCGGGCCUCGGCUCCUCUGUCUUUGCUCAGAUGCUGUGAAGCUUCUUAUCUGGAAAUAUCUCAUCCUGAUGAACAGGAUGACCCUGUUUCUGCUCAUCCCUGGAUACUCCUGAGGAGGAUUCCCGUCCAGGCAGCGCGGCGCCGGCCCCCGAGGAAAAGGGGGCCCUGCCGCGAACCGUCGCCUCUUGUCCCGUCCAUGCCAAGAUGACUCUCAUUCUUUAUGUGAACGAGGUCAGGUAUGCCACGAGAGCGACACAUCGACCCUCAUUCUUUGUGCGGAUGAGGUUUGGAGAGGAAGGAGAAGCGACUUCUGCGUCCUGUGGUUCCCACAGAGCAAAUGUCGCACGUUGAAGCACGCGCAGCAGGAGAAGAAGCGGUGCUGAGGAAGAGGCCUUCUUAAAAAGGGACUUUUUAAAGAUGUCCUCUUUGCUGAGCAACACGACAACAGUUGCAAUCAGCGGAAAUGUUUCCCACUUUCCAGAAUUGUCUUAAUUCUCUAAAGGUUUCACUUUAGAAAUUUAACGAUGACAAAAAAUAUUUUAAAACUAAACAAAAAAAGUCUUUUCUCUAAAGGUUUCACUUUAGAAAAUGGAUAAAUUAAUGUUAAAAAAGGAGAAUUUGUAAGAUUAUCUUCUAAAACUUCAUGAAUGUGAUGAAGACAAAUGUUUUUAAAAAGAUCUGAAGCGUUGGAAACUAAUUUAUCUCUGACAGUUUCUCAGUAGAAAUUGUAAGAAAAGGGAAAAUGUUCAAUAAAAGACAAAAGAUUAAA